GUUUUGCUAAAUUAUUUAUAUAAAUUUAAUCUCGAAAAAGAAAAUAAAGAAAAGAAGGAAAGUAGCCGCCUCAUCUUCCUCGUCUCUCGAGUCGUUAAGCUCUCUCUCUAUGGGGAGCUCGAUUUAAGGGUUUCCUCCGUUUAUCAAUCGAUUCACCGUCUCGUCUCCCUCAAAGCUCUCUCUCUCUCUCUGUCCCGGUUUGCAUCCUAAGAGCCAUGCCUAAAGAGAGGAAGCAACGCUCUGUAUCUCAUGAAAGGCUUAGAGGAUCGUCUUUGUAUUGUGAGUCAAGCCGUGCGUUGAAGCCAAGUGAGAAGCAAGUUAAGGAAUGGGAAGAAGCUCGAUGUCCUGUCUGUAUGGAACAUCCUCACAACGGAAUCCUUCUCGUUUGUUCUUCCUAUGAUAAUGGCUGCAGGCCUUACAUGUGUGAUACUAGCCACCGGCAUUCUAACUGUUUCGAUCAGUACCGUAAAGCUUCUAAGCAGACCCCAACUGAGACAGAAGGUGUAGUAGCUGAGGUUGCGUCUGAGGUAACAGUUGUGAAUCCGAGAGAAGGAGAAGCAGAGGCAGAGCAAGAGAAUGGCAAACCGAAGCUUACUUGCCCGUUAUGCCGUGGAAAUAUAAAAGAAUGGGUAGUUGAUGAGCCUGCUCGGUGUUUCAUGAACGCAAAACGUAGAAGCUGUUCUUCAGAGACUUGUGAGUUCAGCGGAACCUACUCUGAUCUGAGAAAGCACGCGAGGCUUCUGCAUCCAGGAGUGAGGCCAUCAGAAGCGGACCCAGAGAGGCAGAGAAGCUGGAGGAGGCUAGAAAGGCAGAGAGACUUGGGUGAUUUGCUCAGCACACUGCAGUCUUCUUUUGCAGGAGGAGAAGGAAGAAGCAACAACGACGAUGAGAUCAUGUCGUUUGAUGAUGGUGGUUGGCUUACAGUUUUCUUCCUCAUCCGCGUGUUUAGACCAGAGUCUAGUGGGGCAAGGAGUGGUAGUAGUAGCUGGUCGGGUACAUCUAGAGCUAGGUCACAGGUAGGUGUGAGGAGGAGGUCUUCAAGGCUUUGGGGAGAGAGCUAUGAUGGUGAGACAGGAACAUCACGUAGAGAUGGGGAGAACAAUAAUAAUCCGUCUUCUGAUGAACAAGAGUCUGGAACUCAAAGACGCCGUGUCAGAAGAAGAUUUUACAUUGAUGAUGAUGAUGAUGAUGAUGAAGAGGCGUAAUGGCUCUCUCUCGCAUAAUAUACAAUUUGGUUUUCUGAACUCUAUAAAACAAAGCUUUGUAUUAAUAACCCCCACCUCGUUAAAGCCUGUUCUGUAAAAUUUCUUUGCAGUUUGAAAAAAGUUUCCAUUGAGAAACAAAAUGUUAGAAAUAA